CAGCCGUCGUCGGUACGUCUCGUCCGGUGCAGCAGUUGCCCGACUCGGAUAUUUUUGUUCAAUUUUGGUUAUUUUAAGGGGCCACCCUCUCUGUCUCGCGUGCCGAGUUUUUUUGAAUAAGUUGGGGCGAGGGUCGGUCCAGGAUAUGGCGUAAUCCCGGGUGACGUCCCCCAGGCCAGGUGAAAAUAGACUCUUAUUGAGUUAGCCACGCUUCAGUAGCAAGCCAUUUACGUUGGAUUUGAAUUUUGCUCGUAGCCGGAAAUAACGUCAAAGAUGGCCUUGCUGGUGUUCUUGAUUGCAGCUGCCCACUGCGUUUACACGCCGUUCACGAAAGUCGAGGAGAGCUUCAACUUGCAAGCCAUUCACGACCUGCUGUACCACAGGUGGAACAUAACCGACUAUGACCACCUCGAGUUUCCCGGGGUGGUUCCGCGGUCGUUCCUGGGCCCGAUGGUGGUUACGUGCCUGGCGACGCCAGUGGCCACCGCACUCGAGUUUUUCGAAGUGAACAAAUUUUGGAUGCAGUACGUCGUUCGCUUCAUCCUGGCCGGUAUUGUCGUGUUCGCCUGGAACCAGCUCCGGGUCACGAUCCACAAGCGGCUUGGCGUGUCGGUGUCGCUGUGGUACAUCAUGAUCACGAUCACCCAGUUCCACUUUAUGUUCUACAUGAGCCGCCCACUGCCAAACAUUAUGGCCCUGCCGCUGGUCCUACUGGCCAUCAACUACUGGAUGACACGAUCGAUGAAGCUGUUCCUCGUGUGCUCCGGAGCGGCCAUUAUUAUCUUCCGAGCGGAACUGGCCAUGCUGCUGGGACUGUACCUUCUCUACGAUCUUUACUACAAACGGGUUAAACUGGAAACCGUGCUGAAAGUGGCCAUCCCUGCCGGAAUUCUCCUGGUCGCGCUGACCGUCACCGUAGAUUCGUUCCUGUGGCGGCGGCUCCUCUGGCCGGAAGCGGAAGUGUUCUGGUUCAACACCAUCCUCAACAAGAGCUCCGAGUAUGGCACGUCACCCUUUCUGUGGUACAUCUACUCCGCGCUCCCACGAGCCAUGGGACUGUCGAUUCUGUUUGUGCCAUUUGGGCUCUACGUUGAGACCCGGAUACGAUCGCUGGUCAUCCCGGCGAUCGUGUUUGUGCUGCUCUUCUCGACACUUCCCCACAAGGAACUCCGGUUCAUCAUCUACGUGUUUCCUCUGUUCAAUGUGGCCGCAGCUUGUGCCUGCAACCGGAUAUGGAUCAACCGGCAAAAGACCAUCAUCAACAAGUGCAUGGCGUUCGUGGCCAUGGGCCACCUGCUCGGCAAUGCCUUCCUUACGAUGUUCCUGCUGCUGGUGGCCGGAACCAACUAUCCCGGUGGAGUCGCCAUCUCGAGAUUCCACCGGUUGGCGGCGGGCGAAACGGGCGUUACAGUUCACAUUGACAAUCUGGCCGCCCAGAGUGGCGUGUCGCGGUUUUCGCAGAUCAACUCCGACUGGAUCUACAGCAAAGAGGAGCACCUGGUGCCGGGAAACGACCGGUUGCAUCAGUUCCACUACCUGUUGACCGAGGCCCGGGACAAGUACUCGGACGAGAUGCGACUGCUCAGUCAAACGCACGACAUCCUGGAGUUUGUCGAGUGCUUCAACAGCAUCGGGCUGCAGUACAAGUCGGUGCUUCCGGUCAAGAUCAAGACGAAGCCGUGCAUCUUUAUCAUGCAGCGCAGGGACGAAGUCGAUCCGAAUCGCAUCCGGUUGACGUUUGACGACGUGUUGCAGGAGGCGACGACACCUAUCGGUGGGAGCGGGUACUUUGCCGAUCCGGAAUUCCCACCCAUAGAGGUCGUUGGAGCGGCGGAGGAGGAGGAAUUUGACGACGAAGACGAAGCAAUAGAGGAAGUCGAAGAUGAAGAUGAAGAGCAGGACGAAGACGACGAACCAGCUGACGAACCACCCCCAAAAGCUAGCCCAAAACGUGACAAACCCGCGGAGAAACCAUCCCGGAAGCAACGCUCCAAGGCACGACAACGAAUCAAGGAAAUUCUCGAGGAAAACGCUCACCUUCUGCGCGAAGACGACGGCCACGAAGCGAAAGAGGUGAAGCGGGCCCGCGUGACGUCCUACCUGCAGAAGGCCACCUCGUCGGCCAAGCUCAGGAAGGCACAGAAGAUCAUCAAGGAGGAACGACUCCGGCAGGUGGCGAACGAUCUCACCAAGCUGGACUUUAGCGAGCUGUGCAAUCUGGACCGGAUGUCCACGCGGGAGUGCCUGAAGACGAUCAUCGACCGGCAGUACGGCGGGGAAGCGGGCGACGAAGCAGGCGACGACGACGACGAUGAGUAAGGUAAUUAGACAGAGGUGGGACUUUUUUGACAGCUAUCGGCAUAAACAGGGUGGCCAAAUCAAACGAUUUUAAAAGACGCAAAAAAUUGGAUGCCUUUUUAGCGAAAUAAAACGAUCUGUAAUUAUUUGUUACCAAAAAAAUAA